AUGCGUCUUCUGAUCACUAUGAUGGUUCUGCCCAUGGUCUUACAAAUCCUCAUUGUGAGAGCAUCGACUCAAAGUGAACUAUCUGAAGACGAUCCGUAUGCUAUGGCUGAUGAACUCCACGACGUUGAAGGGGAUACUGUUCUGGUCACGUUGUCGCGUAAAGGCGAUAUCAUGCAGUUGAAGCAAUUCUUUGAGGAUUCCUCAGCUGAGAAGAAGAUUAAUGAGAAGGGUGGUAUGGGCCACACUGCGUUGAUGGCCGCGAGCAUAUCUGGACAAUCAUGGGCGGUGAGAUUUCUACUACAGCAUGGUGCUGAUCCCAACAUUGCCGAUGGUCAGGGAUACACUCCAAUUCAUGCUGCGGCUUAUCAAGGUCGAUAUAAAGUGAUGGAGGCUCUGUUGGAUUCGGAUGUGAAUCCUCUGCAUCAGCACGCUGAUGGUCUCCAGCCACUUCAUCGUGCGUGUGCUGGACCACUCAAACGCCAUGCAAAAACUGUACAAGUUCUGCUGAGCUCGGGUAAAGUGAAAUAUAAUGACGUGACCUCCAACGGUUUGAACUGUGAGCUGCUUACUCGUAACCCCGAUGUUAUGUCGCUGAUUGCGCCACAGGCCAUGGCUCAAGCAAAAUGUGAUCCGAUUGACGUAAAUGAGGCCAGUCAUCCCGAAGGUGUUAAAUUGCAUAAGGACUUGGUCUGUACUGCCGCUGAGGAAAAGCGAGCGGAGAAAGCUGCUGCUGCGCUGGAGGCUGAGCUGGAAGCAAUGGAUGAUGAAGAUAAUGAUGAUGAAGACGUUUCUAGAACGACUAUUCGUAGUGCGAGUGGAGCACAAGUUGACGAGGAUGGAAGAGUUGUUGUCUCAGCUGCUGAGACGCAUAUUGAGGUCGACUGGGAUAAGGAGGCAGAGGAUGAUGAUGAAGAUGAAGAUGAAGAUGAUUAUGAUUUGGUUGACGCUGAGAUCUAG